ACAAAAACUACAAAAAUGGCAGGAGUGAAACUACUAGGAGCCUGGGCUAGUCCAUAUGUUUAUAGGGUUAUAUGGGCACUAAAGCUCAAGGGUGUGGAGUAUGAGUAUGUAGAGGAGGAUGUAUUAUUCAACAAGAGUGAUGAACUUCUAAAGUACAACCCAGUACACAAGAAGGUACCUGUUCUUGUUCAUGAUGGGAAACCAAUUGCUGAGUCCAUUAUCAUUCUUGAGUACAUUGAAGAGGUAUGGCCACACAACCCCUUGCUUCCGAAAGACCCACACCAAAGAGCCGAGGCUCGGUUUUGGGCCAAGUUCGGAGAGGACAAGAACGGAGCUUUUCUUGGGUUAUUUUUUGCUACUGGCGAAGAACAAGUGAAAGCAAUAAAAGAAGCGCAGGAAAAUCUUAAAAUCUUGGAGGAGCAUGGCCUGGGAAACAAGAAGUUCUUCAGCGGCAACGAGAUUGGAUUGGCUGAUUUAGCAUUUGGUUGGAUAGCUUUGUGGCUGGAAGUCUUGGAGGAAGCAGCCGGUGCUAAAGUAUUUGAAGGAGAUAGCUUUCCUCGCUUGCAUGCAUGGAUUCAAAGUUUCAAGGAAUCCCCAACAAUCAAAGAAAACCUACCUGAGCGCAAUGCAUUGUUGAACUAUUUCAAAGGCCGAAGGGCAACAGUUGUUGCUUCAGCACAAUCAUGAACAAUAUAUACUAGCUAAUAAGUAGCUAGUGCUAGCUGGUGUCACUUCUUUGUUACUAUCAUGUUGUAUUAGUUGGACUGUCCAAUUUCCAGAAAAUAAAAACUUGCACUUAAAUUUACAUGUACACUUCCAUGGCCUACUGGAGUUAUAGGUCUCCAUAUUCCUACUCUCUUUUUUCUCGUGCUAGGGAGAGACGUCUGGUCAUAUAAAAAAAAAAUUAAUUCCAAAGAAGAGAUCUGAGGAAUAUUGUUAACUACUUAUGAAUAAUGAAGUGUACUUUUCUCUUUA